AUUCAAAAUUCAAAAUCACGAAAUUAUCCCUUAAGCCCUUACAAAAGAACCGUUUCUUUACCUCUCUCUCUCUUUCUCUCCAAUUUUUGCCCUAAAACCCUGGCUGCCGUCGUGGUGGCCGCCGCUGAAGAAGUAGAAUAGCGAAGCAAACAGAGUAUUACUCUCCGAUUCGAAAUGAAGCUCGUUAGGUUUUUAAUGAAGUUGAACAAUGAAACCGUAUCCAUUGAACUCAAGAAUGGCACUGUUGUUCAUGGAACCAUUACAGGUGUUGAUAUCAGUAUGAACACUCAUUUGAAAACAGUUAAACUAACACUGAAAGGGAAAAAUCCAGUGACUCUGGAUCAUCUCAGUGUAAGGGGUAACAACAUACGAUACUAUAUUCUUCCUGACAGCUUGAAUCUCGAAACCUUGCUUGUGGAAGAGACACCUAAGAUCAAACCCAAGAAGCCAACUGCCGGGAAACCUUUGGGCCGAGGACGAGGAAGGGGCCGUGGACGUGGACGUGGUCGUGGCCGUUGAGUUCUGUUCUCUAAAACUGUGGCAAGAUUUUCUGGGUGUUUUCAGGAACUUCUGAAGAGCGUAAUUAUAAAGCUGUUUCUUCUCUUUUCUUGCAAUGUUCUAGUGUACAAUCAUCUUCAUGCUUAAACUGAUGUAACCUGAAUUAGCUAUUGCCUUAUAGUUGUUAGUAUGGAAUCCUCCAUUCAGCAGUAUGAAAAAUUGCUCAUGAUGGUUAUACAUAACACAGUAAAUAGGCCAACGAGUUGCCUUAUGAGGUUUGAACUAAA